UGCUUGAAGAAAAGGAUCUCAAUAAUAUUUUCUUGCAAAACAUUCAAAUUGAAAAGAUACAAAAAACACGGCUUGUGUUUUGGUUUCGUACGCAUCCAAGAAGCAUUGAACGAAUCCGCUAGCAAUAGCAUCCUCCGUCAACACCCCAACGCCAAUAUGACAAGAUAAACGCAAACGCAAGAAGUUGUUUGGACACGGCGGGAAACCUUCGCUGUUGUUGUUGCUGCUGUGGCAGGCAGGGAAUCACUAUCGAAACCGUCUCGACCGUGGUUCUUCUCCGGACAAUAUGAACAAGCUACGCUCCUGCUGUGUACCGUGCUGCAAGGAUGAAAAAUUUUCGCUCGUGCACAAGUUCCCGUCGGACAACGAACGGGCCGAACAGUGGCGCCGGGUGCUGGGCAUCGAUAGCUUCAUCGGCCUGCCGAUCGAAAUCAUCCGCAAGCGGUACUACAUCUGUUCGCGUCAUUUCCGCGAUUCCGACUACAAAAACAAAGCGUCCCGAAGCAUAAACAUAACGGCCGUACCGUCGAUCAAUCUCGUCACACUGAACGAUCCGGAAGGGUUAAAUCGGGAUCUGCCACCACCGAACCGACCGGCGGCAAUGAUUCCCGUCGAAAACAGCCUGGAAGAGGAAAAACACGAGAUUGCCGACAGAAGCGUGCUCGAUGACGAUACAACACAGUUCGGAGAUCAGGCGAAGGAUAAUAGCCAGGGAAGAUCAUCCUCCACGGUGCACGUAGAACUGACCGAUUUCAUUGAUUCCUUCGAGGAGGUAGUGACGGUCGUGCCUCCGCAGGUCGUGAAGAAUGUUUCUCCGCCACUGAAAAUUGCAAAGCUAAGCACGGCCCAACCACCAUCACCUGCCUUGAAGCGUGUCUUCUCGAAACGAACCAUUCCAGUGCAAAUGCCCGUUGCCAGCACGGUGGAACCGCCAGCGAAGGUCCCGUCCACGGACACGAACAACGUGCUACGACGCUCAACGGUUAUGAAACCACCGCUCAAUAUUGUCCCAUUGGCUGGUGGGGUGCCAAUCGUCAAUAAAGGAUCGCUGGUGCUGAAACGGGUUAAGGUGCCACCGAUAAUAGCGGAGCGUAAAACGGCGAUAACGCAAACCGACGAAUUGCUGCCGAAGGUGGAUGAUAAGCCACCAGCGGAGCCACAGGAAGAGAAGCAACCGGACGUGGAAGCAGCUCCACCCAGUACUAGUACGAAGGUAUUGGCCCUGCUCGAAUGUACCCCGGACAAUCUGCAACGAUUACAGCGCAAACUGCAGGCCGAAGGUGGCGCACUGUGUCUUGACGAGCGACUGCUACGGCUAGCCGACGAGGAUGAAAACGAACGUGAUAAAGCAAUGAAUUCGGACAAGCUGGACGUAACAGCGGACAAGGACCGAUUCCUUACCGUACGGAACGUUAAGACGGACGAAUCCGUAUCGGUUAGUUACGUGUGGCUGCGGGACCACUGUCGCUGUGAGGAUUGUUACAAUGGAGCCACGUUUCAACGUUCUACCUCCAUCCUCGAUUUGCCACUGGACAUACAGCCCGAAUCGUGUGAAAUUUACGACGAUAAGAUCAGCAUCGUGUGGCAGGAUGGACAUCGCUCAUCGUACGAUCUGAACGUGGUGUUCAGCAACCACGUGGACAACUUCCGCAAGCGGUUGGAAGAACAGCGCGCACAGCUUGUGCUGUGGGACCGCGAGCUUAUCGCUUCCGACAGUUCACCCGGCUACGCACGCGUCACGCUGAACGAUCUCCUGUGCGAAGAUAUCGUCAUGUGCCAGGUCGUGGACAGUUUGCUCCGGUACGGGUUUGCCUUCAUUACGAAAGUGCCGCCGAACCAGCAAAGCACGGAGAUGGCGGUGAAACGUAUCUUUCCCGUGCAGCGCACACUGUUCGGCGAUAUGUGGACGUUCAGCGAAAGCAAGAUGGAUCACAGCGAUACGGCGUACACGAACGGGUUUCUCGGCCCUCACACAGACAAUACGUAUUUUAGUGAUGCGGCCGGUCUGCAGGUACUGCACUGCAUCCAGUUCAACGGAAAGGGCGGUGAAACGUUGCUGGUAGAUGGAUUUCGGGCGGUGGAACAGCUGCGCGAAACCGACCCCGAAGCAUACGAACGGCUGUGUGAGUAUCCGCUAGAAGCGGAAUACAUGGAGGAGGACAAACAUCAUCAGCAUACUGCACCGGUAAUACGGAAGCAUCCCGUACUGCCCGGUGCGGUGGAGCAGAUCCGCUUCAACCCGUACGAUCGUGCGCCGUUGCGUACGCUGGCGCCUGAGACGGUGCCACAGUUUUAUGCCGACUAUAGGAAACUUGCCGAGGCGUUACACCGGGAGGAAGCGCAGUGGAAGUUCCAGCUAACACCCGGGACCGUACUGAUCUUUGACAAUUGGCGCGUGCUGCAUGGCCGGAUGGCGUACAGUGGGAAGCGUGUUAUGACCGGAUGUUACGUGGCAAGGACCGAAUUCCAAAGCGUUGCACGCACGUUGAACAUGAUCGAAUGAGCGGGUGUAGCUGUGCAAACUCGCCGCUCGAAACCCACCAUGACACAUAAGAAAGACUGCCCUUCUUCUUCUUCUUCUUCUUUCUUAGCCUAACGACCUCUUAGGGCCAUGGUCAUGUACUUGCCAUUUCUGGCUUACUAGACUUAUCAGUCAGUCCUCACUAUAGGGGAAAACACGGCCCAAAUGGGGUUUGAACCCCACGGUCCUGUCGUGUUAAGAUCGGUGCCGCUGUCGCAUCUACCCCCACCUCAGACUGCUUAUCUCGGUCGCUUUUUAAACCUUUUUUACCAAAUGCCAGGAUAUUGCUUUAGAGGAGAAAAGGUCCUUUUCGUAAAAAAACUAUUUUUAACCGCUGCUUCAUAUAAUUAAGGUAAGCUAGGUGGUACAGUACAAUCAAUCCAACAGUUGCAAUGAGCAGAGCAAUAAAAUAGGUUUCAAUUUUAAACAAAACCUACUCUCCUUUCUCUCGGGUAUGGUGAUUUUUUCCCUAGUAAAACUUCUCCUAACUUCAUCAGGACUUCAUGAUCACCGAAUGGAAUAUAAGCAUAGACUAAUAAGUCUAAGAGACCCCUCUUGGCUCAGUGUUGUAACUGCCUGGUGCAGGCGUUCUGAUGGCCAUCGCUGAUUUCUGUUUAAGAUAAUGGACUCCCGUAGCCCAUUGGAGACCUGCUGACAGCUACUAGGUUAUGCGGUUCCUUUAUACGCCCGCUUUUUAGGCUAAGCAUCUGGAUCAGUCUCAGAACCUUCGUCAGUUAUCAGUCCCAGCGGGGACACUUAAAAAAACAUGUGCCGAUCUGACACUAGCCUUUGAGAAAUUAUUUUAAAUUGUGAUCUCCUAUGCUGAGGUCCACGUGCUUAAAAUAAAGCUUGAGUCAAUCGCAGGAUCAUGUGAAGGAGUGAAGGACUAGUUGAGGAACUCCUCAGGAUGGCACCAGUUCUGAUUUUAAAGAGCUGAGAACAGGAUUUACAUUUGAAAGACUUGAAGCUGGACGGGCCCUUUACACCAAACAAUAUUCGGAACGAAGGAUUUUGUUCACCUUAGAACACAAUAAUACAUUACUUUCUAUUCAAGCUCUACAACUUAUCUUAAAUUAAUUGUCAAUUUAAAAAAUAUAUGUUUGCUGCUGUGACUCAGUAA